AUGUUCACCCGUGCCCAAGUAAGGUCUCCAGAAUUUAUCCGUUUUUUCUCAACAGGUGCCCAUACUAGCCAACUUAAAAUUAAGUUGAACGAAACUUUGAAUAUCAAAAUCACAAUUUCAUCUCUUACUCCAUACGAAAAUGCCAAAGUACUUAGUGUUAACGGAAAAAAUCAGGUAAAUGAUUGGGAGAAUGACACAAAGCGUAUCAAUUUGGAUAUAAAGGCAAAUAGAUAUGAUUUUAUUGGCCUAGGAAUUGGACCACUAGAUCUUAAAUUGAUAGAAGAUAUAUCUAGAGUUGAUUCUAGUAAUCGCACCAAAACAUCAAAGAACAGAAUGGCUGUUGCUACCUUUGGUCACUUUUUACCAAUUAUAGAACAAAUAAAUUCGUUGCAGCUUAGUUUUGGCGACAUUGGCAGGAAUAAGAUUUGUGAAAUGUGCAGCUUUGGGGAGGCCACAAGGGAAUCCCCUAGGGAGCUUUUUUAUUUUUUUCAUCACAUUGCAAUAACUCGUAACAGAGAUCGAAGUAUUAAAAAUUGGAGUGCUGCUAUUAAGGAUACUAUGCCAACUUUCUACUCUGCAAUAGUAACUGGCAACGCAAAUUACAUAGCAUACAACAUACACAAAUUGUUAAAAUAUCGCAGUUUCCCUAAUGUUAACAAUUGUGGCGCUGUUUACAAUAUCCUUCUGAUUGUUGAGCAACCAAGCUUCUACACUGUUAGCGAGAUAUUGGAGAAUAACCUACAGCAGUGGCUGGAUAAUAACGUAGUUUUUGAUGAAGAAAUAAAAAAACUUACUCGAACCAGGGCUGCAGGCUGGUAUUUUUUUUUCGCAUAUGGAGUAAUAGCACCCAUAAUCGUGGCAUCACUCACAUCCGCUUAUAUUCUAGUGACUACUGUUAGGAAUUACAAAAAGGAUGGUAUAGUCUCCAUUAGUGGCAGGAUAGAUCAAAUUAAUCACUCCGAAAAAAUUGAUCAAGAUGCCCUUGUGAUAAAUGCAGAGUAUCUAAGGGACACUAGGUGCAAGGCCUUUAGCAGGAAGGAGAGAAGGGAGAGAGAAGUGAUCUGGGACUACCCUUAUAAGAGUUUGUUCAAGCAGUCAAGAUCGCUAGAACGCGACUAG